AUGACGGGCGAACAUUCGAAAUGGACGGCGACGGUGGUUAGGAAGACGUUCUUGGAGUAUUUCGAGGGGAAGGCUCAUACUAUAGUCCCAUCGUCCUCUGUGGUACCCCACAAUGACCCGACUCUUCUCUUCACCAAUGCUGGAAUGAACCAGUUCAAGCCUAUUUUCUUAGGGACAGUUGGCAAGACGGAUGAUAUGGCACAAUUGAAGCGUGCGGUGGACACCCAGAAAUGUAUUCGUGCUGGAGGAAAGCAUAAUGAUCUCGAUGAUGUGGGAAAAGACAGCUAUCACCACACCUUCUUUGAGAUGUUGGGUAACUGGUCUUUUGGUGAUUACUUCAAGCAAGGAGCAAUUGAGAUGUCAUGGGAGCUUCUGACGAAAGUCUAUGGCCUGGACCCCGACAGACUUUAUGUGACCUACUUCGAGGGCGAUUCUGCUGCAGGUCUGGAACCAGAUCUUGAGGCUAAGGAAUUAUGGAAGAGCGUUGGUGUUAAGGACGACCACAUAUUACCCGGCAACAUGAAGGAUAACUUCUGGGAGAUGGGUGACCAAGGACCUUGCGGACCUUGCAGUGAAGUCCAUUACGACAGGAUAGGAGGUGGCCGAAAUGCUGCCCACUUAGUCAACCAGGAUGAUCCCAAUGUCCUCGAAAUCUGGAACAAUGUGUUCAUCCAAUUCGAUAGACAGAAGGACAGGUCACUGAAGACGUUGCCUGCAAAGCAUGUCGACACGGGUAUGGGCUUUGAAAGAUUGGUAUCAGUACUGCAAGACAAGUCCUCAAACUACGACACCGAUGUCUUCUACCCCCUAUUCGCCAAGAUCCAAGAGGUUACGGAGGCCAGACCAUACACCGAUAAGUAUGGAAAAGAUGAUGUUGACGGCAUUGACACUGCAUACCGUGUUAUUGCAGAUCAUAUUCGUUUACUAACCUUCGCCAUUUCGGAUGGAGGUGUGCCAAACAACGAAGGACGAGGAUAUGUAGUCCGUCGAGUAUUACGGCGUGGCUCCCGCUAUGCUCGCAAGUACUUCAACGCUGAGAUUGGCAGUUUCUUCUCUAAGAUUUUACCUGCCCUCGUGGAACAAAUGGGAGGCCAGUUCCCGGAGAUUGUCAAGAAGCAAGAAGAUGUUAAGGAGAUUCUGGAUGAGGAAGAAGAGGCAUUCGCAAGAACAUUAGAUCGUGGCGAGAAGAUGUUCGAGAAGUACGCUGCCUACGCCAUGAAGAAUAACACCAAGAAGCUUUCCGGUGCAGAUGUAUGGCGACUGUAUGACACCUUCGGAUUCCCCGAGGAUUUGACAAAGAUCAUGGCCGAGGAGAGAGGACUCGAGACAGAUGAUGCCGAGAUCAGAAUUGCGCAAGACAAGGCUCGUGAGGCCAGCAAGUCCGUCAAGGAGGCUGCACAUACAUUUGCCAAGUUGGAUGUACAUCAAAUUGCCGAACUCGACAAGAUUGGCGUAACAAGACCCAAUGAUGAUGCAAAGUUCUUCAAAGGCGAUAGUCUCGGCAAGAUUCAAGUUAUCUACGACGGAAAGGACUUCUUGAAAUCUACCGAGGGUCUUCCAUCGGACAAACCAUUCGGAAUUCUGUUAGACAAGACCAACUUCUAUGCAGAGCAAGGUGGUCAAGUCUUUGAUACCGGAAAGAUGGUCAUCGAUGAUGUUGCCGAGUUUAGGGUAUUGGAUGUCCAAGCUUACGGUGGAUAUAUUGUUCACAAUGGUUACCUUGAGUAUGGUCAUCUGAAGGCUGGAGACGAGGUCAUCUGCGAAUAUGACGAGCUUCGAAGACAGCCAAUCCGCAACAAUCAUACUGGAACUCAUAUUCUCAAUCACGCUCUGAGAGAACAUCUUGGCGAUGAUGUCAACCAGAAGGGAUCACUUGUUGACCAGGAGAAGCUGCGUUUCGAUUUCUCGCAUAAGGCUCAAGUCACUCUGGCAGAGCUGAAGAAGAUCGAAGACUCAUCAAACGCAUAUAUCAAGCAAAAUUGCGAGAUCUAUGCCAAGGACGUUGAUCUUGAUACUGCAAAAGGCAUCGAAGGCGUACGUGCUGUGUUCGGAGAGACCUACCCUAAUCCUGUUCGUGUCGUCUCAGUUGGUGUGCCGGUCGACGAGCUUCUCGAGAACCCAAAGAACCCGAAAUGGCGUGAAGUCAGUGUUGAAUUUUGUGGUGGUACUCAUGUAGACAAAACUGGUCUGAUCAAGGACCUUGUCAUUGUUGAAGAGAGUGGCAUUGCAAAAGGUAUCAGACGUAUCAUUGCUUACACUGGUGAUGCUGCACACGAAGUUCAGCGCCUCGCUAUCGAAUUCGGCAAGAGAAUCACCGAACUCGACAGCAUGCCUCAUGGUCCCGAGAAAGAGGCGGAGGUCAAGAUAACUCAGAAUGACCUGAAUCAGCUCACUGUUUCGACUCUUCAGAAGGAAGAUCUCAAGGCACGCUUCGCUAAGGUCCAGAAAGAUGUCUUGGACGAGCAGAAGAAAAAGCAAAAGGCAGAGUCAAAGACUGCGAUUGACACCGUAACUGGCCACUUUGCUCACCCAGACAACAAGGAGAGCAAGGUGUAUAUUGGUCAGCUUCCAAUCUCUGCCAAUGCUAGAGCAAUUGCAGAUGUCAUGAACCACUUCAAGAGCAAGGCUAAGGACAAGACUAUCUACUUGUUCGGAGGCAGUGAGACUGAAGGGGCCGUUGUGCAUGGCGUUUAUGUUGGCACUGAACACGCGUCCAAAGGCGUUACUGCUGAGCACUGGGCUGCCGCUGUUUCAGAAGUCGUAGGUGGUCGAUCAGGAGGAAAGGAGCCUACCAGAACUGGUCAAGGCACCAAUCCCGACAAGAUCGCGGAGGCAGUUGCUGUUGCAGAGAAAUGGUUUCAGGAAAAGUUGAAGCUUUGAGGAGUUAGUCCAUACCCCUUUUGACGAUUCUCUUUUCCUUUGGAGUCUUGAUGGAUGGAAAGAAGAUAUUUCCGAAAUGGAUGGCAGGUGGUAUGUAUUGUAGAGUGUAUUCACCUCUGGCGGUUAGCUAUAGGCGGAAUAUGAAUGAUUUGCUCA